UUCGGGAUAAGUCGCUAUCAGAGGUAAUCUUGCACUAGAUCCACAGUGCCCCGGCAACCACUAUCAAAUUUUCCGUAUUUCAAGUUGUCCUGAAUUUAAAAACCUCAACCCCGUCCAUCUUCCCUUCUCCCAACUUCAUCAAUACCCCAUCUCCACUCCCUUCACAGUCUUCAGUCUCUGCGGAAGCCUUCAAGAUGAGUUCAGACGCUAAGCCUAAGGUGCUGGGCAUGCCGCCCUUUGUCGCCGAUUUCUUGAUGGGUGGUGUCUCUGCCGCUGUAUCGAAGACAGCUGCUGCUCCCAUUGAGCGUGUCAAGCUUUUGAUCCAGAAUCAGGAUGAAAUGCUUAAGUCUGGCCGUCUCGACCGCCGGUACGCCGGUAUUGGAGACUGCUUCAAGCGCACCAUGGCCGACGAGGGUGUCAUGUCUCUGUGGCGUGGUAACACUGCCAACGUCAUCCGAUACUUCCCUACACAGGCUUUGAACUUCGCUUUCCGUGACAAGUUCAAGGCUAUGUUCGGUUACAAGAAGGACAAGGAUGGCUACGCCAAGUGGAUGGCUGGUAACUUGGCCUCUGGUGGUGCUGCCGGUGCUACAUCACUGCUCUUCGUCUACUCGCUCGACUACGCCCGUACGCGUCUUGCCAACGAUGCUAAGAACGCCAAGAGCGGUGGUGACCGCCAGUUCAACGGUCUCGUUGAUGUAUACCGCAAGACCCUCGCUUCCGAUGGUAUUGCUGGUCUGUACCGUGGUUUCAUGCCUUCCGUCGCUGGUAUCAUUGUCUACCGUGGUCUGUACUUCGGUAUGUACGACUCGAUCAAGCCCGUCGUCCUCGUCGGCCCCCUCGCCAACAACUUCUUGGCCUCUUUCCUCCUCGGCUGGUGUGUCACCACUGGUGCUGGUAUCGCCUCUUACCCUCUUGACACCAUCCGUCGUCGUAUGAUGAUGACCUCUGGUGAGGCCGUCAAGUACAACGGUACCCUUGAUGCUGCUCGCCAGAUCGUUGCCAAGGAGGGUGUCAAGUCUCUCUUCAAGGGUGCUGGUGCCAACAUCCUCCGUGGUGUCGCUGGUGCUGGUGUGCUCUCCAUCUACGAUCAGCUCCAGGUCAUCCUCUUCGGCAAGGCCUUCAAGGGUGGCUCUGGUUAAAUGUUGUAUGCGUUAAAAGAUGGGGACUCGGUGUAAUACAGACGGCGGGAACCCCGGUAGAUUCCCGGGGAGGCUGACGAAACGACUGUGAUGGAGAUCACGGCGGAUGGCUUACAGAUCGACAUCACAUUGCUGAGGCGUUCUGGAACACGUUGAUUUUGCGGCAUGAGCUGAUAGACGAGGCAUAUUCCCCUUGCGAAGCCUUGUUAUUCGGCUUCCCGCUGUAAUUUAGACCCUAGGCAAUUCCUUUGACUGUAUUCUCUGCAUUUUCUCUUGUCGGCUGGAUUUGAUGUUUCCCCGGACUUGUAUCAUCAAAAGAGUCCGUACGAUGACUGAUAGAUUUGUUAAUGCAAGUGUUUUCAAAUUAA